AUGCAUGAACUUUGUUGCGAAAAGACGAUAACGGGAUAUGGAGUGGCCAAAAUUGUGGAUUCAUCCAGUCCUAAACUCAAGAAGGGUGACUUGGUUUGGGGCAUGACAGGCUGGGAGGAGUACACCCUUAUAAAAUCCACUGAUGGUCUAUUUAAGAUUGAUCAUACAGAUGUGCCACUUUCCUAUUAUACCGGUAUUCUUGGGAUGCCUGGCAUGACUGCUUAUGCUGGUUUUUAUGAGAUUUGCUCCCCAAAAAAAGGAGAAACUGUCUUCGUUUCUGCUGCGUCUGGAGCCGUUGGUCAGCUUGUUGGCCAGUUUGCAAAGUUGUUUGGUUGUUACGUUGUUGGAAGUGCUGGAAGCAAAGAUAAGGUGGAUCUUUUGAAGAGUAAAUUUGGUUUUGAUGAUGCAUUCAACUACAAAGAGGAAGCUGAUCUAAAUGCGGCUCUAAAGAGGUACUUCCCAAGUGGCAUCGAUAUUUACUUUGAAAACGUGGGAGGCGAAAUGCUCGAGGCCGUCCUAGAGAACAUGAGACUCCACGGUCGCAUAGCCGUUUGUGGGAUGAUCUCUCAAUACAACCUUGAAGACCCACAAGGAAUACACAACUUGUUCAUGCUUAUAACCAGGCGGAUACGCAUGGAGGGUUUUUUAGUUUUCGACUUCUACCACCUCUACCCAAAGUAUUUGGAAAUGGUGUUGCCGCUAAUAAAAGAUGGGAAAAUAUAUUACGUGGAGGAUGUUGCCGUAGGCAUCGAGAGAGCACCGGGUGCUCUUGUAGGGCUCUUCUCAGGUCGCAAUGUAGGGAAGCAGGUUGUGGUUGUGGCUCGUGAAUGA